AGCUUCCUGGAACCUGCACAGCAUGGGCUGGAGAACAGUCUGCAGCUUUGGCUGAGCUCUUAGUUCCUGCCAAACACUAGACAUCUUGGUUUUCUUAAUACUCCCGCCAGACCCAUGGGCCCUGUUCUACUGAAAGUCAGAGAGGUUAAGUUCUGUGCCCAAAGUCAUAGCUUAGUGUGGCCCAAAAGCCAGACUCCUAACUACAAAGCUGUGUGGCCCCGGGGCAGAAAGUGGUCAGCGCUUCCAGGGCCAUCCCAGCUGGCCAUGUGGCCGGGCCCCUACGGGAGGGACACCUGCAGAGGCUCUCUACCCAGAGACCUGGGUUCAGAACGGGCAGGAAAGGCAAGAGGGUAAUAGCUGGUGGAUCUGGCUCUACCUGCAGAUGGGCACCUGAGUCCUGUGGCGGGGCUGGGUUGCUGGAAACAAUGACUAGGCCAAGCCUGCUUGUGUUCUUGGGUCUGGUUUCCUGUAUCAUUUGUAGAAAAGAUGCUGGGGUCCAUCCAUUGCAGUUUGGGAUUUUAUGGUUCCUGUUCCCAAGGUUCCUUAUCUUUGGCCUGAAAGAGAAUCAAACCCCUUAGGUGGGGUGGGAGCCCAUCCAGGGUGUGGCGAUGUUCUCUGCUGGGGAAUGGCAGGGGGUGGGUGGCAUUUUGAGGGGGAUGAUAUGGGCACCUGCGGUCUUUCCCUUCCGAGCCCGUUCUACUCACCAGGGUUUCAGGCCUUCUUCCAACUUCCUUCCAACACCACUUCCUGGUUCUGGAUCAGACCCUUCUGAAGGAGCACACUUCUUUUUCUCUGAACUCCCAGGAGCCCACGUGCUGCGCCGGCUGGAGGCAGCAAGGGGACGAGUGCGGGGUCGCGGUGUGCGACGGCAACUCCACGUGUUCGGAGAAUGAAGUGUGCGUGCGGCCGGGCGAGUGCCGCUGCCGCCAUGGCUACUUCGGUGCCAACUGCGACACCAAGUGCCCGCGCCAGUUCUGGGGCCCCGACUGCAAGGAGCUGUGUAUGUGCCACCCGCACGGGCAGUGCGAGGACGUGACAGGCCAGUGUACGUGUCACGCGCGGCGCUGGGGCGCACGCUGCGAGCAUGCGUGCCAGUGCCAGCAUGGCGUGUGCCACCCGCGGAGCGGCGCGUGUCGCUGCGAGCCCGGCUGGUGGGGCGCGCAGUGCGCCAGCGCGUGCUACUGCAGCGCCACGUCGCGCUGCGACCCACAGACGGGCGCGUGCCUGUGCCACGCAGGCUGGUGGGGCCGCAGCUGCAACAAUCAGUGCGCCUGCAACACGUCGCCGUGCGAGCAGCAGAGCGGCCGCUGCCAGUGUCGCGAGCGCACUUUCGGCGCGCGCUGCGAGCGCUACUGCCAGUGCUUUCGCGGCCGCUGCCACCCUGUGGACGGCACGUGCGCCUGCGAGCCGGGCUACCGCGGCAAGUACUGCCGGGAGCCGUGCCCCGCCGGCUUCUACGGCCUGGGCUGCCGCCGCCGAUGUGGCCAGUGCAAAGGCCAGCAGCCUUGCACGGUGGCCGAGGGCCGCUGCCUGACAUGCGAGCCCGGCUGGAACGGCACCAAGUGCGACCAGCCGUGCGCCACCGGCUUCUACGGCGAGGGGUGCGGCCACCGCUGCCCGCCCUGCCGCGACGGGCACGCCUGCAACCACGUCACUGGCAAGUGCACGCGCUGCAACGCGGGCUGGAUCGGCGACCGGUGCGAGACCAAGUGCAGCAAUGGCACUUACGGCGAGGACUGUGCAUUUGUGUGCAACGACUGCGGCAGCGGCCACUGCGACUUCCAGUCGGGGCGUUGCCUGUGCAGCCCCGGAGUCCACGGGCCCCACUGUAACCUGACGUGCCCGCCGGGGCUCCACGGCGUCGACUGCGCCCAGGCCUGCAGCUGCCACGAGGACUCGUGCGACCCGGUCACUGGUGCCUGCCGCCUGGAGACCAACCAGCGCAAGGGCGUGAUGGGCGCGGGGGCGUUGCUGGCCCUGCUCCUCGGCCUGCUGCUCUCGCUGCUCGGCUGCUGCUGCGCCUGCCGCGGCAAGGACCCCGCGCGCCGGGAGCUCACCCUCGGGAGGAAGAAGGCGCCGCAGCGACUGUGCGGUCGCUUCAGCCGCAUCAGCAUGAAGCUGCCCCGGAUCCCGCUCCGCAGGCAGAAGCUGCCCAAGGUCGUAGUGGCCCAUCACGACCUGGAUAACACACUCAACUGUAGCUUCCUGGAGCCACCGUCGGGGUUGGAGCAGCCCUCGCCAUCAUGGUCCUCCCGGGCCUCCUUUUCCUCCUUUGACACCACUGAUGAAGGGCCUGUGUACUGCGUACCCCACGAGGAGACCGCAGCCGAGAGCCGGGACGCGGAGCCCCCCACGGCCCCUGCCGAGGCGCCGGCGACCCUGCCCGCGUCCGCAGAGGAGGCGACGCCCCUCCCCGCGUCCUCGGACAGCGAGCGGUCGGCGUCGAGCGUGGACGGGCCCGGCGGGGCGCUGUACGCGCGCGUGGCCCGGCGCGAGGCCCGGCCGGCCCGGGCCCGGGGCGAGGCGGGGGGCCUGUCUCUCUCGCCAUCCCCCGAGCGCAGGAAGCCACCUCCACCCGACCCUGCCACCAAGCCCAAGGUGUCCUGGAUCCACGGCAAGCACGGCGCCGCUGCCGCUGCCCGCGCGCCGUCCCCGCCGCUCCCGGGACCCGAGGCCGCGCCCAGCCCCAGCAAGAGGAAACGGACGCCCAGCGACACGUCGGCGCGGCCGGAGGAGCCCGGCAGCCCCCGGGCCCGCGACCCGACGCCCCGGCCCCCGGGGCUGGCGGAGGAGGCGCCAGCCCUGGCCUCCCCCUCGCCGCCCCGGGCUCGGGCGCGGGGCCGCGGCCCCGGCCUCUCGGAGCCCACGGACGCGGGCGGCCCCCCGCGCAGCGCGCCCGAGGCCGCCUCCCUGCUGGCGGCGGAGCUGCGCGACAAGACUCGCAGCCUGGGCCGCGCCGAGGGGGCUCCGGGCGCGCAGGGCCCGCGGGAGAAGCCGGCGCCGCCGCAGAAGGCCAAGCGCUCGGUGCUGCCCGCCUCGCCGGCGCGCGCGGGCCCUGCGCCCGAGGCCCCGGGGCCCGAGAAGGCGGCGGCCGGCGCGCCCGCGCCCGACACCCCCCGGAAGAAGACCCCCAUACAGAAGCCGCCGCGCAAGAAGAGCCGGGAGGCGGCGGGCGAGCCGGGCAGGGCCGGCGCCCCCACCCUGUAG